UAAUAAUAGUACAAGAAAGUUAUCGAGUAAAAAAGGAGACCCGGAAAUCUCGAAUCCCAAACCAACCUUGAGAACGAAAGCAGCUGCUGAUUGGCCAGAACUUGAUGCCAGAUAGGCCAAAAGUAGCCGCGUCAUGUGAUCGCGUUUAGUAGUGCCCAAUAAGCGACACCCGCACUUGAGCCUCCUUGACAGGGGCAAAAGUUGUUUCCAUCUUGUCCGGUCAUAUAUUUUCUGCGUUCUUCCCUCCCGUGCUUGCUGCCUGCCAGCUUAACAACGCCGUAUUUAGCCCAUAUACCUCUACCGUUAGCCAAUACUUAUUUUAUUCUCGCGUUAUAUUCUCUUUCGGCUGGCCCUGUUUGCCAAACGUCUCCACUCCUCCAACUAUUUGAACCUCAUGCCGACUGCCUCCUCUGAGGGGCGAGUAUAAAACCUACUUUUGCCCGCUCCUGCCCGCCAUACGGAUACCAUUCCAUCUCACUGAAUGCUACGGCCGAUAAUUCAGCUGUCCCCCGCACAAUGAAUAGCUCAAAAGCUACGAAAGGCGGCCGCAGCCGCACCGGAACGCCAGAUCGGGGAGGAGGAAUUCGCAAACGAGGGGCCCCUUCUCGCGUAGAUCGGGAUGGUGACCUGGACAUGGAUGGCGCUGUGUCUGGAAGAGGGCGCGGAGGACGAAGUCGCGGGCGUGGUGACUCUGGGGGCAGGGCUGUUCCAGGAGCUGGGGGCUUGGGUCAAAGGAGAGAGCCGAGACGGCUAGGCGACAAAGAAAAGACUUUGGAUGCACUGGAAAAAGCUAUCUUCAGCAAUGCAUCCUCCCAGGUGAAUAUCGGACACGGUCGCCCUCGGACACAGGGCAAAGGGUUGGUUCAAGUCAGCGUGCGGGGAUGGAAACGCAGCAAAGCGGCUUCGAAUCCCGACGGUGGUAUUGAAAGCCUCAUUUUGUUCCUCGAGAGAAGAGCCCACCCCCCAAACCAAGGCACUGCGGCCCACUCACGAUUUAAAAUUUCCAAGUCACAUGUCGAAGGGGAUGCUUUAAUUAUAUCAGUUCGCCCGGAGCAGGUGGGAUGGGUUUUAAAGGUCAACGGUUCGAGCUUUGCGGGCGAGCCACUUACUAUUGAAGAAUACCGCGACUCCAGUGUCAGUCACACACAAAAGAAACCACUAUCGGAAGCCGCCCUCGAUACAAAGGCUAGAAUGACUGCGUUUUUAAGGAAGAGAUACUCUGAGCCAGGGAAACUCUUAAACCUUUCACAGCUUGGCACCGAUCAAGACCUUCUCGACAUGGGCAUGUUCAACACUGCUGCUACGGAGUCUAAAUUCUUUCCGGCUCUCAUGAAAAUAUGCGAACUUACAUUCGACUCUCCCGAUAAACGAAGGGAUCUUGUCCACAGUGUCACCCUGGCUCAGAAUAAACUUCCGAAUGUUACUUCUGUUACUACGCUAUCACAAACAUUCCCAGCUCUUAAACAUCUCGAUUUAUCAAACAACCAAUUUAAGGAUAUUCAAUCACUACUUGCUUGGAGGUGGAAAUUUAGAGAUCUCGAAUUUCUCGAUCUUACAGGAAACCCAAUCAGCGCUGACCCAAACUUCAAGGAAACUAUGCUCAAGUGGUAUCCCAGACUCAGAACGCUAAAUAAUGUUACCGUGCGAACAACGGAAGAAAUAGCUGCUCAACGGAAAACUCCGAUCCCGAUCCAACCUGCUAGUUUCCAAGAUGAAUCCCGAAUUGGUGAAAAUUUCGUAAAAGCAUUUUUUACUGGAUUUGACAACGAUCGAAACGACCUGGUGAGUGGGAUCUACGACGCCAAAUCGACCUUUUCACUAAGCGUCAAUCCCGUGGCUCCACGAGGCCUGCGAGGAAAUAACGUUUCAGGAUGGGAUUCGUACAUCAGAAAAAGUAGAAAUCUCCUGAGAGUUAGCCAUCUCCCUGCGCGAAUGGCCCGCAUCUUCGUUGGUACCGAAAAAAUUCGCGAAGUAUGGAACUCGUUGCCAAAAACGAAACAUCCUGAUAUUCUUGCAGACCCAAAAGAGUGGCUAAUAGAAUGCCAUCCCAUCCCUGGUCUUCCCGAUCCCACCAGCCAGAGCGCCACAGGGGUUGGCGGUCUUCUUAUAACCGUCCAUGGAAAGUUUGAAGAAUUUGAGGAACCAGCUAUGAACAAAACACAAAUGCGGAGUUUUGAUCGUACUUUCGUCCUUGGACCAGGCGGUGGAGUUGGUGGUUUACGAGUUGUUAAUGACAUGCUCUGUUUGAGGGCAUUUGGCGGGUCCGAAGCAUUUGUUCCAGAGACGGAACAGCCUCCUACGAACGCAGCUAUUCCACAAGCUGCGCAGACAUCUAUUCCGGCCCCGAUCGCCGCUCCCAUCCCAGGCCCUAUCACGACCCCGAUCCCCACCACCCAGCAAGUUCAUCCUGAGGCAAAAGAUGGUUUCGGAUUAGCAGUACCUGGAAAGCCAGAAGAGCAGGUCCAGAAGGAACGAACUAUUCUGGAAACCAGCUUCCGAACGAAAAUGACAUUAGCAUAUUCAGAGAUGGCUUUGUCUGGAAACAACUGGGACAUAGAAGCAGCGUUGAAGAACUUUGAAGAGUUGAAGAAUCAGGGAAAGCUCCCUCCGGAUGCGUUUUUGACUGGAGUAUAAUUACAAUCUAUUCAUAUAGCGAACUAUUGGCAGGGGUUGGGAUAUAGAAGAAAGCAUGCAACGCCUAUUGAUUUUGGGACGGUCAUUUACUGGAGCACUAAAAGGAACAUAUCAGGUAAUUCUGAGGAAGCGGCCAAGGCAAGAGAGAUUGAAACUGCUGGACUGAGCGCUGUUGCUGAACAAGCAGCCAGCUCAAAUGGGCGCUACAGGUGUUUGUGUUUUGCUACUUUUGAAGUUUAUAUCUGAAGGCACUACGAAACGGUAUUGUUGCUGCACUCAAAGGGGUUAGGUUCAGUUAGAUAUAGAAAUUCGUUUCGAUGCAGGACCAAUGGAAGACCAACUUGCCACGGUAGCAAGGUACAAUUAUCUGAGAUGUAUCAGUUAGAUAAGCGACUACAUAAACUAUUUCGAAGUCCCAUACUUAAAUUGUAGUAAUAUAAGCAACAUAUCGUAUUUCCCCCAUUUUUAUAAGUUUGAAAAGGAGAUCU